AUGUCCAACCCUGUGGGGAUGGCUUCAGAUGGAGCGUGUCCAGCGUCUGCAGCCUACCUGAGCCUGAACCCCGUUGCUUCCAGAGUUCCUCUCACAGAGCUGCCCUUCCACACAGCCGCCCCAGAACCAGCACAAGGGUCAUUGAGGAAGCAGCCUUCCUGUCCACCUCCAACAGUGGCUGCUGCACUCCCUCCUCAGGGGAGCCCUCUGGUGCUGCCUGCUUUCCCCAGCACAUCUCUGGUGUCAGGGGGAAGCUGCAAAUCCAGUGGGGCAGGCUCCUCCCAUGUCAUUGUGGAAAUGGGGACAGGAGGAAGGCCAGCAGUGCCCCUCCACACUCCAAAAGUAAUUGUCACUCAGGCCCCUCUCAUCUGGAAUGUCCCUCCUGGGGAUGUGGGUUCCAUGGGCCCAGCUCCACUCCUCUUGCCUGGUGCUGCCAGCAGUGCUCCAGUGAGUGUCCCCAUGACUGGAUGUAGACAGGCUGCCCAAGACAGCUUGACCUGGGGCCCACCCCUGGGAUCAACACCACCAGUUUCCCAGGAGGCUCCCAUCAGGCCGCCAGUGAGCCAGCAGGCACCGUGGCCAGAGAGGCCCUGUGCAGAGGGCAGUCAGCCCACAUCCCAGGCCAAGCCUCCACCUCCCAGUGUCUAUCAGAACUUUCGGCGCUGGCAGCAAUUGAAGGCCUUGGUGUCGAAGAAACUUCCUCAGACUCCUGAUGGGGAAGCCCUUGCCUGCUUCUUCAUCCCAGUGCUUCGGUCCCUGGCCCGGCUCAAGCCCAACAUGUCCCUGGACGAGGGCCUGUGGAGAGGCCUUCAGGAGUGGGAAGGCAUUAGCAAUUACGAGCGCAUGAACUUUCACGAGAUGGCGGCCAAGUUCAUGGAAUUUGAGGCUACAGAGGUAAUGGAGAAUUCAAAGUGGCAGGGGUUAAUCCAUUUCCAGGGCCAGUCUCCUGCAAUUCCACUGAAGCCAGACUCUCCAAGGCCCUCAUCCCCUGACAUUCUCCAGCAGCCAGAGGGCAACUCCAGCAAGACUGGCCUCAAGGCUCAGCCUGCCAAGCCAUCAGCACCCAAAGGUCAGAGGCCGCCAGAGACCAAGGCACCCGAGGAGAUCCCAGCUGAAGCCGUGGAGGAGUACAUGGCCAUCAUGGACUGGCUGGAGGGCCUUCCUCAAUUGUGCACCCAGGACUCUGGGGGAACAUCCAAAGAGGCGGGAAUGGAACAACAGGAUGUGGAAGACAUGUGCUCAGAUCCAGAGCUCCUGAGCCUCCUUGACCAGCUGUGCUGCCAGGAGGACUUCAUGUCAAAUGUGGAGGCCAUCAUUCAUCCCAAAUUCCUGGAAGAAUUGCUUUCCUCCAAACCAGAGCUGGAUCUUGAGGCCCUAAUUGAGGAGCUGGAACAGGAAGAAGGACUCACCCCCAAGCAGAUAGUGGAGAAACGUCUUGGGGCACCCAGAGUAGCCUCAAGUGUUUCUGAGUUGGCCAUCUGCCAAGGUGCAGAGAGAAAUGAGCAGAGCCCCCAACAAGUAGUCAGUGCAGAUACCAGCACUCUGCAUAUCGUUUGCAGUGAUGAUCAGAGCCAUGGUGGCACAGAUGCAGAGCACCUGACACCUGCUUCUGCUGCUCUCCAGGGGGGUCAUGGGUGUCCUUCAGUAGGAGCCACCCUGUCCACUGUUUGUCCCCGAGGACAUGGAUCCCAUCCCCAGAGAGUGGGGUCUGGAGAUGCCGUGAAUCACAUGGAAGAGUCUCCUGCUGGCACUCCACGCAAGCGAGCAGGGGACAGGAAGGUGGGCAAGGAAUGUGUCCCCAGCAUGGCUUCCUUGCUGGGCUCUGAGUACUGUCUCCUGCCCUGGGGACUAUCUCAGAGCCCCAGUUCCCCCACCACCCUCCUGUCCUCUGGACACCAAGCCCCCGGGCCUUCACUGUGCAAGAGAAGAGGCCGCAGCCUGGAUCCCCCUCCACCUGCCAAGUCCAAGAAAAGGGCUCGCAUUGGAGACUCAUGCACCCCAGUAAAGAAUCCAUGCCCAGGAUCUCACUUUGAGGAGUCUGCAAAGCAGGACUUGUCUUUGGGGCUGGUUCAGCCCUCACAGCCUCAGAAGAGAAAGCAUGAGGUGUUGGAGGUCCAGAGGAAGAAGAGGAAGAAGAAAAAUCCUUGA